GCAAGUUCAGUUCAGUGACUGGUUACUUCAAAGUUGAGCACCGCCUAGGAGUUGAACUGGCAGGAAAGUUUGUUUUCCUCGUCCAGUCAAUGAAUAAAAAUGAGGUGUGAAUGGGUGAGAGCUACUGGUUCUGAAAUCUUGAAGGCCAGAUGCCCAGAUCCUCAAGGUAUUUAGGCGCCUAGCUACCAUUAGUGUCGUGGCAGGGAGGUGCCAUGGGUGGGAUUCACAAUGGGACAGAGAGGUUGCAACCCUCAGUGUCACGCUGCACAGGACCAAUGCUGAGAUCCGUAGAGCUGAGUUAGGUGCUGUGGCCUCUAUACAAUCCAUGGACCGAGAGAGGCCUAAGAACGGGAACCACAGAAGCCAGCACACCAGGCAAGGGGCCGCCUAAGGGAGCCAAAGGGAGAUGUGCCAAGGGUGUGUGCUAAGCCCCCCAUCCCUCUUCGGAGAAAGGUGCCUAAGCGCAAGCUGCAGCUAACGAGCCCUGCAGCCAGGCAGCGUAGGUGCUGACGGGGUUUCUUACGGGAAUGAGGUAGGCACCUCAUGGUGUCAUACAAAAUGUGGGCUGGUAGAGGAGAAAUACUGAAGGAGUGAUCGGAGCAGGGGGAGUGGCCCAGGGUCUGCUUGCUUUCAGGCAGAUGGCUUAACUACUGGGCUACAGCCUCAUUCCCAUGGUCUUGCUGGAGUAUUUAUCUGCAGUGGUGACCAAGUCAGCCCCACAUCAGAAUAGCCUAUAGCUCAGCAGUGAGAGUGCUCUCUGGAAAGGUGGCAGAGCCCUGUGCAAAUCCUUUCUCUUCCCCUGGUUCAUGGAAUGCCCUGGGGCUUGGAUGUGAGACAGGCACCCAGAAGUCUAGUGGGAGACAGCAGUACACACACCCCGAGGCAGAAACUUUGGUGCCAAAUGAGUUUAGGCACCUACAGAGUUUGAUGGGAGUUUUGUGGAUUGCAGUAGAGCCAAACCUGGCACUUGGGCAGCUCCCCCUGAGGCUUAGGCAUGUAAGUGCUUUUGUGGCUCUGGGCCCCAGUCAGGUCACUGCCCUAACUGCCACUAAUACAGCUUUUCACAGACCCAGUGGAGAUGCAAAACAGAGUUAGAUAAAUUCAUUUUUCCCAGUGUAUCCAGCACAUUUCAAGUAGUUCUGUUUAGCUAAUGAGAAACAAUGGUCUUAGAGUCCAACGCCAGAGAAGACCCUGGUGCUCAAGUAGUCUUACCACCAGCAUAACACAAGCCACAGCACUUCCCCAAAAUAAUCCCCCUGGACAUAGGGCGUAACAAUGUCACAAUGCUGAGUCUGUGCAUUUUUAAUUGAAUUCCAAUUUCCAAAUGCAGCUUGACACAGCUCACCAAGAAAACAGAUCAUCAAAUGUAGCACUUACCAUUUGCUAACAAAAUAUAAAACAUGUAACCAUUAAGAAUUUGACUAAGCUGUAUAAUUGCUUAAAUAUGUAUAAAUAUAGCACAUACUGCUGCUUAGCAGAAACCUGCCGAAUCUAGUGGAACAGCUACAUUUAGCUGCAAAUCAACCUGUUUUAAUGGUUACCAAUCAAUGAGAAUCAACCUUUUUUUUAAAAAAAACCCUAAUUAUAAAUACAAAACAAGAUUAAAAACCAAUUCUUUACAUCAGUCGCCCCUGCUGGCAGUGUGACCAUAUGGUGAAAGCAGACCCUGCCGGUCCCAUCUGGCUAUGGCAUGAGCAUAUCUUGGGAUAGAAGAGGGUUUCUGCUGGCUCCGUGUGCCAGGCAGGGGAUGUAGGGAGAGGAUGGGCAAGGCGCAAUGUGUUUUUGGUGAGGAGGGGUGGCUGGGGUCAGGAGUUUGUUACUACCAGCUUCUAACAAUUAUCCCCAUGCUAAGCAGGCACAAGGGUGUUGGUGCCAUGGGGCAGGACAAUGCAGACCUUUCAGAAGAUUCUUGCUUGAGGCUGAUAAGAGGUGGGGACUCUUGUGUCUGAGUAGCUCAGUGCCUGAAUGUAGCUCCUGGGAGAACAUACUGAAGAGUGAGUGCUAUGGAAAAACAGCCAUCUGACUGUUCUGUCUUUGUGGCUGCCAGGGGAGCAAGUCUUUGCAGGGCUGGAGGAGCAAGCCCGCCAGGCCAUGAUGAAAAGUGACUUCCCUGGAGCCUUUGGAGAUCAGCGGCCGACAAUUCACCAGUUGCAGGAUCAGGACUCCAGCAGCAGUGAGUUCGGCACCUUCGGGUGACAGCGAUGGUGAGGAAGAGGAGACCACUCAGGAUGAAGUCUCUUCUCACACUUCUGAGGAGGAUGGCACAAUGGUGAAAGUGAAAAAGGAAUUAGAAAAUGUAGAGCAGCCUGUAGCUGGAAACCAACGGAUUGGAGAAAGUGAGGUGAUUGAAGAUUUGAAUACAGCACCCAUGCUGGGACUGUCGCAGUGCCCACUCUGCCAGCUGGAAUGUGGGAGCAGAGAGCAGCUCAUUGCUCACGUGUACCAGCACACAGCAGCUGUGGUCAGUGCCAAGAGCUACAUGUGUCCAGUGUGCGGCAGAGCCCUCAGCUCCCCUGGGUCCCUGGGACGACACCUCCUGAUCCACUCAGAGGACCAACUAUCAAACUGUGCAGUGUGUGGGGCGCGCUUCACCAGCCAUGCCACAUUCAAAGGUGAGAAACUGCCGGAGUUGCUUAGUGCAGAUUCCUUACCCACCCCGCCCAGCGAGGGCCCUUCUGGUACUGAGGAGAAGGACGUUGCCUUUAAUGCCCCCGUGUAUCCUGCGGGCAUCCUCCUAGUGUGCAACAACUGUGCUGCCUAUCGCAAGCUGCUGGAGGCACAGGCUCCUGGCGUGCGCAAGUGGGCGCUUCGCCGGCAGAAUGAGCCACUAGAAGUGCGGCUUCAGCGCCUGGAGCGGGAGCGCACGGCUAAGAAGAGCCGGCGGGACAAUGAGACGCCAGAGGAGCGGGAGGUGAGGCGCAUGCGGGAUCGAGAGGCUAAGCGCCUGCAGCGCAUGCAAGAGACAGAUGAACAGCGGGCGAGGCGGCUGCAGAGGGACCGGGAGGCCAUGAGGCUGAAACGCGCUAAUGAGACCCCGGAGAAGCGGCAGGCUCGGCUCAUCCGGGAGCGUGAGGCCAAGAGGCUCAAGCGGCGCCUGGAGAAAAUGGACAUGAUGCUGCGGGCCCAGUUUGGCCAGGACCCCUCUGCCAUGGCUGCUUUGGCAGCUGAGAUGAACUUCUUCCAGCUGCCAGUGAGCAAUGUGGAGCUGGAAAGCCAACUCCUGGGCAAGAUGGCCUUCGAGGAGCAGAGCAAUAGCAUGCUGCACUAAGCUGUAGCCCAACCACCACUGUGGCUCCAUGUGGCCCACUGGGCGCCAGCAGCAUUGCUGCUGCCGCUCCCCAGAGGGAGGCUCACAUGGCACCUGACUGACCCUUCCUGCCCCCACCCCCUCACAAAAGGCAGAUCUGGGCUGCUCCUGCACAUGGGAAAGGAGCGGGGAGGCUUCUGCUUAGGCAGCACUGGUGAGAGCGGGCUGUCGGGAUACAGUCUGCUCCAGUGGCCAAGCCACAGCCGAUAAACAGAGGGAAAAUAAAUUAAUUUUAUGUGUAA